UCAGAGGUCACAACAGAAAACAUGGCGGCUCCCAGGAAAGCGACCGUGGUGUUGAAGGCUGUGAAGAAAAUAGCUGUUCAUUUCUGUCCGUUCGAGGCUAAUGUCCGCUCAACACGGGAGUUUCUGGCCAUGGUGGGCUCGGAGAAGGCCAGAUCCACCAACAUGAACUGUGAGGUGACCGCAACGGUGAAACAUGACAAGUCCGACCCUCUAGUGGAUAUUACUUAUGUAGACGGAGAGAGGCUGGUGAUGAAGGGAGCCAAUCUGACCAGCAGUGAGAUGCUGGGUGCAUUUCAGUCACGGUGUGCAGCAAAGGAUCCACAGGCAGCAAAAAAAUAAUGAUCAUGUUAAAUAUAUCUGUGUUGAAUUUGUCUGUAUCGAGCUAUGUAUAUUCUGAUGUUUAUUAUUAAAGUAUUUCAUUUAAAUGUG